GGGGCCUCCUGCCCAGACUUGAAGCCACACAGGCAGGUCGGGCAGGCGGGUCGCAGGUUGUAAAUCCAUGUGGCGGGGGCUUUGGACCCUGGCGGCCCAAGCGGCACGUGGGCCUCGCAGCCGCAGAACCCCCCCACCUGGGGCAUCUCGCGAUCAUCGAGCCCUCGGUCUACUUGACAAUGAGGCUGAGCCUCCCAGGUGCGCUGAUUCGCCUCCCCUCCGGUUCCAGAUUGUGCACUCGCCGGAGCAGCGGCGCACCAGCCCCCGGCUCCGGCGCCACCAUCUUCGCGCUAAGCUCUGGCCAAGGCCGCUGCGGCAUCGCGGUGAUCCGGACCAGCGGCUCCGCCAGCGGCCACGCCCUCCGAAUUCUCACGGCACCCCGAGACCUGCCCCCUGCUCGCCACGCCAGCCUGCGCCUCCUCAGAGACCCCCGCUCCGGGGAGCCUCUGGACCGCGCACUGGUACUCUGGUUCCCAGGUCCCCAGAGUUUCACUGGUGAGGACUGCGUGGAGUUCCACGUGCAUGGAGGCCCGGCAGUGGUGAGCGGCGUCCUGCAGGCCUUGGGCAGCGUGCCAGGGCUUCGACCGGCGGAGGCAGGCGAGUUCACCAGGCGGGCGUUCGCCAAUGGGAAGCUGAACCUGACCGAAGUGGAGGGGCUGGCGGACCUUAUCCACGCAGAAACCGAGGCGCAGCGGCGGCAGGCCCUCAGGCAGCUGGACGGGGAGCUGGGCCACCUCUGCCGUGGCUGGGCCGAGACCCUCACCAAAGCUCUUGCCCACGUGGAGGCCUAUAUCGAUUUCGGCGAGGAUGACAACCUGGAGGAGGGGGUCCUGGAGCAAGCCGACAUCGAAGUACGGGCACUGGAGGUGGCCCUGGGUGCACAUCUACGAGAUGCCAGGCGCGGGCAGAGGCUCCGCUCAGGGGCGCACGUAGUGGUCACUGGACCCCCCAAUGCGGGCAAGAGCAGCCUGGUGAACCUGCUCAGUCGGAAACCCGUGUCCAUCGUGUCCCCGGAGCCAGGGACCACCCGUGACGUGCUGGAGACCCCGGUCGACCUGGCCGGAUUUCCUGUGCUGUUGAGCGACACGGCUGGGUUGCGGGAGGGCGUGGGGCCCGUGGAGCAGGAGGGCGUGCGGCGCGCCCAGGAGAGGCUGGAGCAGGCUGACCUCAUUCUGGCCAUGCUGGACGCCUCUGACCUGGCCUCUCCCUCCAGUUGCAACUUCCUGGCCACCGUCGUAGCCUCUGUGGGAACCCAGAGCCCCAGUGACAGCAGCCAGCGCCUCCUCCUGGUACUGAACAAGUCGGACCUGCUGUCCCCGGAGGGCCCAGGUCCCGGUCCUGACCUGCCCCCGCACCUGCUGCUGUCCUGUCUGACGGGAGAGGGGCUGGACGGCCUCCUGGAGGCGCUGAGGAAGGAGCUAGCUGCCGUGUGUGGGGACCCGUCCACAGAUCCCCCGCUGCUGACCCGAGCAAGGCACCAGCACCACCUCCAGGGUUGCCUGAAUGCCCUCGGCCACUACAAGCAGUCAAAAGACCUGGCCCUGGCGGCAGAGGCGCUGCGGGUGGCCCGGGGUCACCUGACCCGGCUCACAGGUGGAGGGGGUACUGAGGAGAUCCUGGACAUCAUCUUCCGGGACUUCUGUGUGGGCAAGUGACAGGAUCCAGGGAAGUCGCACCCAAGCUGCGUGGAGACCCAGGAGCCUAAGGGGAUCUGGAAACAGUUUAGGCCAAUUGGGAUUCUCAUUCACCUGGGAAAGAACUUGUUGAUUCUCAAACAGUGAAGCAACACAGCUGAGAGGUAGUGAGAGCCCUGCAGGGACUCCCUGGAGAUUCAGGCCCUGGAAUGGGGCUGAAUGGAGGUCCCGUUUGACCCUUGAUGCUGUGGCAUCCGGGUUGGGAUGGAGAUAGGAGGAUCUCAGUAUAUUUGUUUCGUAGUUUUUAAUUUAUUUUGCAAAUACCAAAGGAAUGUAAAAAAACCUCAGGUGAUCUAGAAGUGUUUAUUUUCUUCCCUUCCCAUUCCCUUUCCCUUUCCUUUUCCCCUUCCCUUUCCCCUUCCCCUUCCCUUUCCCCUUCCCUUUCCCCUUCCCCUUCCCUUUCCCCUUCCCCUUCCCUUUCCCUUUCCCCUUCCCCUACCCUUCCCUCCUCUGUCUAUUGCCCAGGCUGGAGUGCAGUGGUGUGACCUUGGCUCACUGCAACCUCCAUCUCCCCGGCUCUCCUGCCUCAGCCUCCUGAGUAGCUGGGAUUACAGGCAUGUGCCAGCAUGCCUGGCUAAUUUUUUUUUUUUUGAGACAGAGUCUUGCUCUGUCACCCAGGCUGGAGUUCAGAGGUGCGACCUCGGCUUACUGCAACCUCCGCCUCCCGGGUUCAAGCGAUUCUCCUGCCUCAGCCUCUUGAGUAGCUGGAACUACAGGCAUGCACCACCAUGCCCAGCUAAUUUUUAUAUUUUUAGUAGAGACAGGGUUUCACCAUGUUGACCAGGCUGGUCUUGAGCUCCUUGACCUCAGGUAAUCUGCCUACCUCGGCCUCCCAAAGUGCUGGGAUCACAGGCGUGAGCUACCACGCCUGGCCCCAGAAGUGUUUCAACAUGGAAAUUUUCCUUAGCACUUCUCCAGUUGUCAUGGCUUAAUGUGUGUCUUUCCAGAACUUUGAAUGUUUGCAUACUUGUGGAUGUGCCUUUCAAAUAUGUUUGUCUUGUGUAUCAUAUAUAAAUGGUAUUGUGUUCAUUGCUCUACAAA